AUUAUGGCAAUGCAGUUAGGCUCUUUGCUCGUAUGUGUGGUACUACUCACUGGCUUUUCAUUGACAAAUAGCAAAGCUGAAACUACAUAUCCACCCGUCCAUUGUGACAUUCUCAACCGUAGCAGUUUUGAACCAGGGUUUAUAUUUGGUACAGCUUCAUCUGCUUACCAGGUAGAAGGUGCAUGGAAGGAAGGUGGUAGAGGACCAAGCAUAUGGGACACCUUCACCCACAACCAUCCAGAAAAAAUUAUGGAUGGCAGCAAUGGAGAUGUCGCUAUUGAUCAAUACCACCGUUAUAAGGAAGAUGUGAGGAUUAUGAAGGAUAUGGGAAUGGAUGCUUAUAGAUUUUCUAUUUCAUGGUCAAGAGUUUUACCAAAUGGAACGUUGUCUGGGGGUGUUAACACGAAGGGAAUUGAAUACUACAACAAUCUCAUCGAUGAACUCCUAGACAAUGGUCUAAAGCCAUUUGUGACAAUCUUUCACUGGGAUGUUCCCCAAACUUUAGAAGAUGAAUAUGGUGGUUUCUUAAGCUCUCGAAUUGUCGAUCACUUUAAGGACUAUGCAGAAUUAUGUUUUAAGUAUUUUGGCGAUCGAGUAAAACAUUGGAUCACAGUGAACGAGCCAUAUACAUUUACUACAAAUGGUUAUGCAACUGGAAAACACGCACCAGGACGAUGCUCUGCAUGGCAAAACUUAAACUGCACUGAUGGAAAUUCGGCUACUGAGCCAUAUUUGGUGACACACCACCAACUCCUUGCUCAUGGAGCUGCUGUAAAACUGUACAAGGAUAAAUAUCAGGAAUGCCAAAAUGGUGUCAUAGGAAUAACGUUGGUGUCACCUUGGUUUGAACCCUCUUCGAAGGCAAAGCAUGAUAUAGAUGCUGCAUUUCGAUCUUUGGAUUUUGUGUUUGGAUGGUAUAUGGACCCAUUGACGAAUGGUGACUAUCCACACAGCAUGCGGAGUCUUGUUAAAGAACGAUUGCCAAAAUUUACAGACGAAGAAUCAAAGUUAAUAAAUGGGUCAUUUGAUUUUAUUGGAGUAAAUUACUAUACUGCUAGAUAUGCGAGCAAAUUACUUCAAAAUUCUUCUGAACCUGCAAGCUACUUAUCAGAUCCUUGUGUUAAUAUUACAGCUGAGCGUAAUAAUAAGUCGAUUGGUCUGCAGGCUGGUUCAGACUGGUUAUAUGUUUACCCAAAAGGAAUUCACGAUCUGGUGGUCUAUACAAUGAAAAAGUAUAAUGACCCAUUCAUUUACAUUACUGAGAAUGGGAUUGAUGAGGUCAAUGAUCCCAACUUACCACUUGAGGAAGCCCUUAAUGAUAUCGCUAGAAUCGACUACUACCGCGAGCACCUCUGUUACCUUCGAGCAGCUAUCAAGAAAGGUGUUAAAGUUAAAGGAUACUUUGCAUGGUCAGUGCUAGACAACUUUGAAUGGAAUGAUGGAUACACAGUUCGAUUUGGUAUCAAAUUUGUAGAUUACGAUCAUGGACUAAGGAGGUACUCAAAGAAAUCGACAUAUUGGUUCAAACGUUUCCUCAACAAAGCUGGAAGAAAUCUGAAUAUUGUGGACAGCAACGUCGUUGACACUAAAUUUGUGUAUGAAGUUUAAAUUUCAAAUGAUGAAUAAAGUAGAACUCCUCUAUUGGUUGUUCUACAAGUUUCUAGCUUUUAUAGUUUAGCACUUUGAGUUAGAAUAAGUUGCAACAAUUCAUUUCAUUAUCAGUUUGUUGAAUGUGUUGCUGGUGUGUGUCGUAUUUGUAUUGCCAUAUGGCUAGUACCCCUUUGUGGUUGAAUUUUAUAUGAAUGUAAUGUACUCUUUAUGAAAAUAAAUUAUUG